GAAUUAAAUGGGGGAAACCACCCCUAAUUCCAGCCGGCUAUCGUAUCGUAGUCGGCUAGACCGAAACGUUGCUAACUGCUACGGAGAACUGCUAUGGAUCGGAAAGCAAUUCGAACGGGGUUGGAGGUGAAUUUGAAUCGGAUUCGGGGGGAAACCGUCUCUAUAAACUCUAGGCUUGUCAGGCCAACCGGCAACUGCACCAGAUCUCGGUGCAAGCUUAUCUCCCUCGUCAGCUAGACUGCUAGAGUGCUAGCUAACAGCGCUGGGCUGUCGCGAGCUACACGACGAUGGCGGCGGAGGAGCUCGUGCUGCUCGCGCGAGACGACAAGACGGUGUCCCUGGUCGUGAUCCCGGCGAUCACAACGCCGUCGCCCAUCACCGCAUCCGAGGCGGAGGCUGAGGCGGUGACUUUCCGGCUCACUGUCGAGCGGAGCUACCGCUGCGGCGGCGGCGGCGCCGGCGCCGGCGCCGAUGAGGUGGACACGAUGGAGGACGCCGCAUGCCGCGUCCCCCUCGCCGACCUCCGCGACGCGGCGGCGGUCGACCGCGCGUUCGAGGAGCUGCUGGCCGGGCUCGACCACCCGACGCUGCGCCCGGAGGUCGCGCCGGAGGCCAGGGAGGCCGCCGCGCGCGUCCGGGAGAGGUGCGCGGAGGAGGGGGGCCAGCUCGGCGGCGUUGAGUUCCGCCUCCGCAUCCUGUUCGUUGACUCAUUCGACGAGGAGGACGAGGAGGAGCCCGAGCUGGAGCCGGGCAGCGAGGAGACCGGCAGCGACCUGGAGUUCGACGAGGAGUCCUGGAACCGCAGCAAGUCGGACGGCGGCGACUGGCAGCACGGGCACGACCUCGGCGACGACGACGGAGACGACGGCUGUGGCCAGUUCUCGGCGCGGCCGUUUGACGGCGCCCUCGCGCGGGCGGGCGGGCCGAGCGACGGCACGCUGCUGCUGUCGGGCUUCGAGGCGCGCGCCGACGGGCCCGAGCCGGGGGACCAGCACGAGCUCACGCCCCGGGACGUGCAGCGCCUCGUCCGCCUCGCGUUCAGCGGCGGGGAAGUGGAGGGCGACGAGGGGUACCAGCGGGCGGUGGACGGUGGCACGCCCGUGUCCAGUGUCGCGCGCGCCGUGAUGCUGGACCAGGGGCUGCGGUCCGGGACGCCGCCGCAGCAGCGGCCAGCGUCGACACGGGGGUUGCCGCCGCAGAUGCGCGCACAGGACGGUAGCCGGUAGGGACGAGCGCCUGGCGAUAGCAGCAGUGGGGCUGCUUUUAAUUCUGGCUUGAUGUGUUUGUAGCAUACUAGCAUCUGAUGUUUGAGCUGUUUUCUUUUUUUUUAUACCAGAUUUCAUGUUCCCCUUGAUUUUCAGUACAAGCCAGGUUCAGGUUUAAUAAUAAUGCUUAUCAGAAGCAUGCAUUGCGCUUGUCGGAAGAAAACACCUUCAGUUCUUACUCAGCUGCUCUUAGUUGGUCAUUACAUUGAAGAUGAGAAUGAGAUAGCAGAAGUUAGUCUAGGGUAAAGCAAAACAACAUUGUAUCCCUUUUACAUCAGCUAUCAGUUGAAAACUAGUCAUAUUUCAUUCAUAUGCUAUGCAUAACAAGAAGAAACAAGUUCGAGCCCAAAUGGGCAAAUAUACAAAUCAUGCUGAGAAAAGAA